AUGGAGCCGCCGCCCGCCCAGCACGAACCCUCCAUGCCCUUCCCCAACAUGGCACCCGCCCGGCUCAGUUUACCGCCCGCAGGCCAGCGGCCCCGUCGCUCGGGUGACGUCAUCCCCCAGCGCCUCGCCCGUUUCCAUGGGAACCAGCGGAGCGGGCGGUGGGAGCUCCUUGGGCCGCGACCUCCACUCGCCGCCAUGUUCGCGGACGGGACGGCGCCCGGCGCCGACGUGGAGUCGCUGUGGAGGAGCGCCCGGAGCGCGUGCUGCGAGGUGAAAAGCUGCCAGACUGGGACAAUUUCAACAGCAGAAAUUGCAGUACAAUCUCAUACUAGCCGAGAUGCCAGCGUGCAGACAGAUCAAAGUAAAGAUGCUGUCCAAGACUUCCAGCAAGAAGUCCAAGUAGAUUACACUAGCCUUCUAUCAUUCCUUCAGAGAGUGGAGGAUGCUGUUAUCAAAGAGCUAAAUAAAAACUGGAAAAGCCGUGCCUUUGAUGGCUUUGAAGUGAACUGGAGAGAUCAGAACGAAACAGUGUUGUGUUUGCAUACAUUGUCAUACCCGGAGGCUCAGGAUCAAAACCUACAGGUUACCAGUGUCUCAUGGAAUGCAACCGGAUCCGUUGUUGCGUGUUCGUAUGGCCGGUUGGAUGGUGGGGACUGGAGCACAGAGAAAUCCUACGUCUGUACCUGGAAUCUGGAUAGAAGAGGGUUGAAUCCACAGCGCCCUGACCUGGUGGUGGAUGUUCCCAGUUCUGUCAUGUGCCUGGCUUUCCACCCCUCCCAGCCUUCACUGAUAGCUGGUGGCCUGUUCAGUGGGGAGCUGAUGGUGUGGGAUACCAGCAGAACAGAAGACCCCGUGAUGUGGAGGACGGGGAUGACAGACGACACUCACACUGACCCAGUCUAUCAGGUUAACUGGUUACCUGAUGCCAAGCACAGAAACCACUCCCAGCUGUUGAGCGUGUCGACGGACGGAAAGAUCCUGGUGUGGAGGGAGGAGCGAGAUGGUUGGCUGGCCUUGGCCGAAGGAUUCGCCAUGGUGGCUCAGCAGAUCCCUCGCAGCACUCAGCUGAAGAAGUUUGCCUGGGGAGAGGCAGCCGUGGGUGUGACCUCGCUCUCUUUUUCACACUUCGAUCCCCGCGUGUUCAUUGUCGGUGUGGAAGGUGGCUAUUCCCUGAAGUGCUCCACUGCAGCAGAGACACUGGCUCUCCAUCGGACAGGCGGUUCUGUUCCCCUCAGGGCACCAGCGGAGCUCGCCUUCUCCCCGCACGGUGGGCCGGUGUACUCCGUGAGCUGCUCGCCCUUCCACAGGAAUCUCUUUCUGAGCUGUGGGACUGAUGGACAAGUUCACUUGCACUCCAUGUUGCAGACACAACCCCUCCUUUCUCUUCAGUUAUCACAGAAAUACCUCUUCUGUGUACGCUGGUCUCCAGUUCGACCACUGGUCUUUGCAGCUGCGUCUGGGGAAGGAGAUGUGCACCUGUUUGACUUUGAGAAGAGCGCACGGAAGCCUGCCGUUUCCAUAAAGCAGGCUCCAGGUGAACGCCCUGUGUACUGCCUAGAAUUUAACAUCAAGCAAACUCAGCUCUUGGCAGCAGGGGAUGCUGCCGGUACGGUCAAAGUCUGGCAGCUGAGUUCUGACUUCACUGAGCAGGGACCCAGGGAAAUGAAUCAUCUGGAGCAGCUGGCAAGCGAGAUCACGGACUGAGGCAGCAGCACAACCAGCUGCGUGAAGCUUGUUACUACUCUGACUCCAGGAAAAGUUGCCUUCUCACCUCUUCCAGAGCAUUGGCCUGUAAAACACACGUAACUAUGACAGCCAGAUUUC